CUUCCUGCCGCUGUAACCCGGACAUGCUGACAGCGAGCGAGAGAGAGGGAGACAUCUGGAAGUUGUAGCUGAGUUUAGCUCGAUCAGUCCGGACAGCAGCUAGAUCGCCCUACACAGUUUCUCUUCUGUCUAUAACUACAUCUGAGGUGCCCAUCUGCAGCUGAUCGUGGCGGACCCAAGCACCCAUGGAGAUUUCAUUUGCAGGCAAACAGGCUCUGGUUACGGGAGCAGGAAAAGGGAUUGGAAAGGCCACGGCUCUGGCUCUGGCACGCUGUGGGGCAAAGGUCACAGCCGUCACGCGCACCCAGGCGGACCUCAAUAGUUUGACGGAGGAGUGUCCGUCCAUCACCCCAGUGUGUGUGGACCUAGCAGACUGGGGGGCCACAGAGGCUGCCCUGCAGAACAUCGGCCCCAUUGAUCUGCUGGUGAAUAAUGCUGCCUGUGCCAACCUGCAACCAUUUCUGGAGGUCACUCCUGACCAGUUUGACCGGGCAUUCAGUGUGAAUGUGAAGGCAGUUCUGCACGUGUCCCAGAUAGUGGCUCGUGGUAUGAAGGCAAGAGGAUCUGGAGGCUCCAUUGUCAAUGUGUCCAGCCAGGCCUCCCAGUGCGCCCUCAGAGACCAUGCUGUCUACUGUGCCACAAAAGGGGCCCUGGACAUGUUGACUAAAGUGAUGGCACUAGAGCUGGGACCCCAUAAGAUCCGUGUGAACUCUGUGAACCCCACAGUGGUGAUGACCGAGAUGGGUCGCAUAGGCUGGAGCGACCCCAAAAAAGCCAAGACCAUGAUUUCCCGCAUCCCUCUCGGCCACUUCGCAGAGGUGGAGGACGUGGUGAACAGUAUUUUAUUUUUGCUGAGUGAUAAGAGCAACAUGACUAACGGAGUCACUCUGCCCGUGGAUGGAGGCUUCCUGGCCUGCUGACCCAAAGCAGCCGACUGUGGCACAUCGUACUCUAGUCAGAAGAAAAAAAAAGAUGAUGCUGUCUUGUUACUUUACUGCAUAACACAACAUGACACACAUGGACAUAGAGGUCCAUGUCAUUCACUAAAUAAACUCACCCACUGCACACUUGUA